CUUGUUCUCGUGUUGCACCACUACGUCUCCUUUACAGUUCCUUGCAAUAUCCAUGUAGCCUGCCCACCUUCAACGUGCCAAGGCCCUCGCGCGAACUUCUCCCGACCUCGCUCGCUUUGCGCUUUGCUACUUCUUGUCCCCGGUACCUUGAAAUUUAUCACAACAUUGUACAUUAAGUUACUCGUAGCCAGCCAACAUGCCGCCCCCGGGCAACGCGCCGACUGCACCAGCCGUGCCGGGCGCGUUGCCCGCCUCCACAGAGCAAGUGUUGAACGGGCUCGCCGAGGCGCCGCUGGUGGUUCCCCCGCAGCUGGUGCAGUACUACAUGCGCAAGAGCGGUCAGGGGCCAAUCCUGUACAACAUGAGCGCGGACGACCGGGAGGCAAAUGAGGACAUGCGUUUGACCCAGGUCGUGAGCCUUGCAUCCCAGCGCUUCCUGGCCACUGUGCUCAAUGACGCCAUGCAGUACCACAAGAUGAAGCGGGGCGCGGGUCCCAAGGCCAUGAAGGAGGCGGGGCUGGACCCCAAGGACAAGCGCCGCGUGCUGCGGACUGAAGACCUGGCGGCGGCGCUGCAGCAGGAGUACGGUGUAAACAUCCGCAACCCGCCCUACUAUGUGGAUGCGCGGGACAAGGACCAGGCAGCGGCCGGGAGGCGGUAGCUGGUGGCCACGGCCCAUGUGAGGGGCACAUGCAUGGACUGACAGCCUCGGUGGUGCGCGCGUCGCGGUGCUGGAAGGGGCUGAGCGGCGCACUAGGGGCUAGCUGCCAUUGGUACGGGCGUGUGCGUCCGUCGGUAUGGACGUGUGAAGUGUCCGGGUUGAAGGCACAUGCAUCAGGGAUUGGUAAGCAGCUAGCGUCAUGGAUGGACAGCUUCAUUGUGGAUGAGUGCGGUGAACUCGGCAGCACGAAGAGACGAGGCGUAGAUGAUGCUGCGUGCAGGUGAGGUUGCGUGCCUUGGGUGUCAGGCAUUUGGCCCCUUGUUCGCGAAGUGCAUGGCCUUCCGCGGGGUGAGGGGGGGAGAUAUAGCUUACUAUGAUGUUGAUAAUGAUGUGGCCCCUGCUAGCUAACAGAGGUGAGUAAAAGUGCAGAGGGCACGAUUGCAUGGGCUUUUGACUAUUUAGGCUGACUGACACGACCAAUCACUUAUCGUAACUGCUGUCAACCAACGCGUCUAGGUAUUUCGUGCACCUUGCGCUGGCACAUUAUGCAGUACCGUUGAAGCAAUUAAAAGCAAGCACCCG